AUGGCGUUGGCCGUCGAGGCCGGCUCGCGCUUCCUCUUUACGCUCGACACGGCUGCAACGGCGUCUUCGCCCGAGUGCUUCUACGAGCUCCUCGACGCCCGUGCGACGCAGAACCGCCUGCUCUUCCGCUUCGAGCUGGUCGACGCCGAGACGCCUGAUGCAGUGGACGCCUUCAUCCAAACACCCACCGGGCGGCUCGCCAAGGAGUGGACGUUCCACAAGGCUGGACACGUUGCGAUCCAAGUGCGCGAGAGCGGCCUCUACCGCUUCUGCUUUGUGCAUCCAGGUACCAUGGUCGACUCUGCCGUCCAUGUCAUCGACGUCACAGGCUCUGGCUCGGCCGAGAAGACGGUCUUGUACGCCUUUGACUUUCUCCUUGCAGGCACACGCACCUUCACCGUCUAUCCCACCCGGGCCGACACGCUCGGCGUCGUCGCUUCGUCGUCGUCGCUCACUGCCGUGCACUCGCACACGGACCACGAGUCGGUGGGCUACAUGCGAUUCUCGCUCUCCGGUGUCUCCCCCAGCAUCGUCGACGCCAAGACGCGCGUCUACCUCUCGCUCUCGGUCAAGGCCACCGACGUCUCGGAGCUCCAGCUCGCGACCAUCCCUCUCUCGACAGUCCAACAUGGCAGCUGGCAAUCGCACCUCGACGGCGUGGCCAGGGACCACGUCGUCGCGUGUGAAACCGGCGGCAGCGCCGUCUUUGAUAUCACCGACAUUGCCACAGAUGCCAUCAAGCACGGGCAGGCGACGUUGUCCUUGGCGGUGUUUAGCCCGUCCGUAGGCGCGGCAGAGCUCCACUCCAUGUCGCAGGUCGCGGCCGACCACUGGCCGCUCGUGACCUUUGAAGACGUUGGCGCGUCGCUGUGGAUCGAGAUGCUGCAGUUUCGCCAGCGCAUCUGGGACCUCAAAGGCAAAAUCGGCUCGAUCGUGCAACACGAACGCACGAGCCGCAACGGUACGACGUUUCUGUGUCUGUCGCUGCUUCAAUUGGGUCUCGCAGCGGCCGAGAGUGCACUCGCCCGCUUUGUGUACGUGGCGCUGCUCGGAAACGUGGUCCUCAUCAGCAUGGCACUCGCGCAAGUCUACUACGUGCAGAAGUGGUUAGCGUGCUAAGCAUCAAACCAAGUAGCACGAUAGAGUCAACAGACACAUCUCCUUCUCGCCGCUAGCAUCGAGCAUCCCGUAUCGGGACAGACUGUUUCCCAGUGUUUUCCAGCCAACUCGGCGAGUGCCCGAGUCGUCUUUCUUGCAUGUGUCAAGGUGUCGGGCGACAGUCUCGGAUCUCCGUUCCAUCCAACCAUGAUCCAGCACUCG